ACAGGCACCAUGAGCGGCCGAGUCGGGGACUUGAGCCCCCAGCAGCAGGAGGCGCUGGCCAGGUUAAGGGACAAUCUCCAGGACCUGCUGCCCACCCUGCCCAAAACUGAUGACUACUUCCUCUUGCGCUGGCUACGAGCCCAGAACUUUGACCUGAAGAAAUCCGAGGACAUGCUCCGGAAGCACAUGAAAUUCCGGAAGCAACAGGACCUGGACAACAUCUUAACAUGGCAGCCUUCAGAGGUGGUCCAGCUGUAUGACGCAGGCGGUAUAUGUGGCUACGACUAUGAAGGCUGCCCCGUGUGGUUUGAGAUCAUUGGGAACCUUGACCCCAAGGGUCUCCUCCUAUCAACCUCCAAGCAGGAGAUGAUCCGGAAACGCAUUAAGAUGCAUGAGCUGCUUUUGCAGGAGUGUGAGCUGCAGAGUCAGAAGCUGGGCAGGAAGAUUGAAACAAUGUUAAUGGUGUUUGACAUGGAGGGACUGAGCCUGAAACACCUGUGGAAGCCAGCAGUGGAGGUCGCCCAGCAGUUUUUUGCCAUCAUGGAAGCAAAUUAUCCUGAGACACUGAAGAAUUUAAUUAUUAUUCGAGCCCCUAAGCUAUUUCCUGUGGCCUUCAACUUGGUCAAGCCGUUCAUGAGUGAGGAGACUCGAAAGAAAAUAGUGAUUCUGGGAGCCAACUGGAAGCAGGAGAUGCUAAAGUUCAUCAGCCCCGACCAGCUGCCCAUGGAGUUUGGGGGGACCAUGACUGACCCUGAUGGCAACCCCAAGUGCUUGUCCAAGAUCAACUACGGAGGCAAGGUGCCCAAGAGCUACUACCUGCACAACCAGGUGAAGGUGCAGUAUGAGCACACGGCGACCGUGGGCCGCAGCUCCUCCCUACAGGUGGAGUUUGAGAUUCUGUUCCCGGGCUGUGUGCUCAGGUGGCAGUUUGCAUCAGAUGGGGCAGACAUCGGUUUUGGAGUUUUCCUGAAGACCAAGAAGGGAGAACGACAGCGGAUAGGGGAGAUGACAGAGGUGCUGCCCAGAGAGCGCUACAAUGCCCACCUGGUGCCCGAGGACGGGAGCCUCACUUGCCUCGAGGCCGGCAUCUACGUCCUGUGUUUCGACAACACCUACAGCCUGAUGCAUACCAAGAAGGUCAGCUACACUGUGGAGGUGCUGCUCCCUGACAAAGCCUCCCAGGAGAAAAUUCAGAGUCUUGAGGCAACAAGACCAUCCCCAGCACAGUGAAGAGGCUGGCUGCCUCUGCACCUGUGC